UUGUCCAUUGACUCAAAAGUCAAAACCCUACGACGCACUGUUCGUUCUUCAUCGUUUACCUCUCUCUCUCCUCUCUACACCUGAGUUCUUGGCUGCGAUUGGAGAAGACCCACCUUGCGAUUUCCAUAAUCAAAGCAGAUGGACAAUAUCACUGGAAAUGAGUUAGAUUGUACAUCAGAGGAGACCGAGGUGUUCACCAUAGUGACACAUUUGAUCAAGCAAAUCCAAAUAGUAUGUUGUGUGGCUGUAAUUGCGGUUCAUGUUGCUCUUGAGAGAGCAACUAGAGACAUGGUUGAAAGUGCAGCUGAUAUUGCUGAGGCCUUAGAUGAUGAGGAUGUAGCUGCCAAUGAAACCGGUGAUGGUUCAACCACAGUUCUUGGUUCAACCCCUCAAGAGCCUGCAAAGAAAAAGGCUAAGAUUUCUGAGAACAUUAUUGCUGGACUGGGUGAUUUUGCUGACAAGUUUGGGGUGUUAUUGAGAGGACUAAUGUUAAGCUAGAAAUAAUUGGAAAUAGGAUGGGUUAUGAACACGAUCUCUCAGCCAAAAGAGCCGCAGUUAAUGAAGCGAUAAGGAAGCUUCCAAUCACGACGGAGGAUAGGGUCAAAGUUGGAAUGGUAAUCACCCAAGAUGCACAAAAGGUUGAUUACUUUUUCAGCCUUGAUGAGGAGGAGGAAAAAAUGAUAAUGGUGCAGAAGCUUUUGUCCUCAAAUAUCUAGUAUAGUUGAACAAAAACAUGAAACUAUGUUUAAUUUAGCUUUUGUUGGUCCGUGUGGGGUGCACUUUGAAAUGGCUUUAUGUGAUGCCUUUUUGUGAUGACUUUAGCAAUAUAUUAGGACAGUAGUACAAGUUUUUGUUAUGGAAUUGGCCUUUUGUUAUUGCACUUUAUAUGUCAACUAUGUCGGAAAAUAUAUGCCCAAGUUAUGGAAUUGUUUGGUUACAAUGACCA